AUGUGAGCACUGCCGUUGGGUCUGAGAGCAGCUGGCAUGGCAGACAGGGCUGCUACGCUACUGCCCUGGCUCCCUGGCGCAGCUUCACACACUCCAUGUGAUGUCGUAUUUCCCAGCUAGGAGUGUGUGCCGGGUGAAGCCCCCCUGGGCAUGGAGGGGAGCCCACAGAGCAGCCCUGCGGUGCUUUCUGCUUUUAAAACUGGACCAGGCAAAGGAGACAUGCUAGGAAGCAACGCUGCUAUGGCCUGGAUACCAGCGGUGGAGCUAUCCCCACCGCCUUAGCCAACGUGAACAACUGCGGCCUUGACACAGCCUAGGAUACCCUUGGCUAGGCCUGGCUAGUCCAUCAGCCCGUGGCAGCAGUGCAUGGAGUUGAAGUCCUGCAAAUAACCCAUAUUGCUCUGUGGCGCGCAGAGGGGGACUUCCUCUGCAAGUCUGCCUGUGUGCACGGGUGGGUACCUCCAAAGCUUGUCUCUCUCACCAAGAGAGGCUGGUCCAAUGCCAGCUGUUACCCCACCCGCCUGGCACCGCAGCUAGCCAGCCCAGCCUCUGGACUACAGCUCCCAGCCUGCCCGCCCAGCCCCGCCCUGGCUGUGCCGUCAGGGAGGCCAGGCUGGGUGAGUCAGUCCCCUGCCUCCAGUAAAUAUUUGUAUUAGCAGGAGCCGGCUCUGUAAUGGUGGCUGCCCUGUGAGCGGCGCAGACCCAGGGACCCCAGGGCACGGCAGGCAGCGAGCGGCGGCGGCGACAUGUCGGUGAACAUGGACGAGCUGAAGCACCAGGUCAUGAUCAACCAGUUCGUGCUGACCGCGGGCUGCGCCGCCGACCAGGCGAAGCAGCUGCUGCAGGCGGCGCACUGGCAGUUUGAGAUGUGCACUCCAGCCAACACGCCCGCCACGCCCCCCAACUUCCCCGAUGCCCUCACCAUGUUCUCCCGCCUCAAGGCCUCCGAGAGCUUCCACAGCAGCAGCCCUGUAGCGUCUAUGGCGACCUCCCCUCCUCCCCCACCCCCACCACUCCCCCAGCCCGGGGGCUUCACCCCAGCCUGGCCUGCGGCUCUCCCCUCCAGCCAGCAGCAGCAGAGCAUGUGGACUUCGCCCUCGCAGCCGUCGGACUGGCCUGCCACAGUCUCCCAACAAGCCACGUCAGAACAGAAGGCCAACGUGACCAUGGAGGCCGAGAGAUGAGGCCGUGGGGGAGUGGGAACACAAUGUGGGGAGGGCCCACAUGGCCCCAGCAUUCAUUUCCCCUUCCCCUUUCCGAGGAAGAGAGGAACUUUGUUGCCUCGGAGACUGGCAACCACAUUCAGACAGACAGACACAUGAGCAAAUAGCCACCUUGCAUGGGUUUGGUUUGAAGUAGUUUUUACUUGUCCUAGAGCUGACCGGAGCUCCCCAGAGACCCAGGGAGGCCACGGUGAAUGCAAGAGCCAUCUCUGGCUUCUGCGUCCCGGAGCCUGACUUUAUAGGAAUCUCUCAAUGAGGGGACCCCCUUCCCAUCUUUCCUGCUGGGAUGCUGGAUUUUUGCAUGCGAGUGACUUUUGGGUGGAGUGGUAAAUCCCUUCUUCAUGACCCACUUCUCCCUCCUAGCACCUGGAGGGGUCCCACUGGCAGGCAGAACGGGGCUGUGGGUAAUACACAUCUCCCCCUUCCUACACGGCUCCCCCAACCCCGCCGAAUGGGGUUUUUUAAAGGAAAAGGAAAAAAAAUCUGCUCAGGUGCAGGGCCUUGAACCAUGCACUGAGCUCGCAUUGUACCGAGAAGGAGGUGAACGGGGACUCCUUUGGAGAAUAUAGCCACUUGUUUUCUAUGACCCCAGCUUUCUGCUUUCCCCAGGGCGAGGACCUGCACCCCCUCUCAGAGCCUGGGGGAUCAGAUUCCCAUUGAGACGUGUGGGUGAGGCUGGCUGGGCGCAACUGGGCAGUCUCAUGCCGCUGGGAUGGGGGGCUGGCACCCUUUGCAUGACAGCGUAUGCCCCACGGAGGCUGGGCUUGCUUUGACACCCUCUGUUCUUUGCUCCCUGCGGGGGGAAGGCCCUUCGGACGCGCUCUGGCGGCACCAGGCCUGGGCAUGCCGCAGGGGCCGCUUGCAAUACACGCUCUUCUGCUUUGAA